AUGAGGGCUAUAGCAGUCGCUGAGUACGGACCGGUCGAAAAGCUGAUUGCCACCGAACUUGAGCAUCCUGGGGCACCACGAGGACAUGACCUUCUCAUCAAAGUAGAAGCAUGCUCGGUCAAUCCAGUCGACACGAAAGUUCGCGCCGGAGUAUACGACGACUACCCAGACUAUUUCGAACGUGCUCCGGAACUCCCUCAGGUCAUCGGCUUCGAUGGCGCAGGUACCGUAGAGGGCAUUGGUCUCGAUGCUCAAGGUUUCAAGAAAGGAGACAAAGUCUUUUACUCCGGAUCGCCGAUACGACAUGGCAGCAAUGCAGAGUACCAACUCGUUGACAGCCGUAGUGUUGCACACAAGCCGAAGACUCUUAGCAUGGCGCAAGCAGCUGCCAUGCCGUUGACCUGGAUCACUGCCUGGGAAGCCAUAGUCGAACGCAUGGAGAUCAGAAAAGGUGAAGACGCUGGCAUCCUCAUUAUCAAUGGCAGCGGCGGCGUAGGGUCCGUGGCCUCACAGAUCGCACGCUUUGUGUUGAAACUACCGGUUGUGGUCACUACUACAAGUCGUGAGGAGACAACAGCUUUCAGCACAGAAUUGGGCGCCACACAUACCGUUAACCACCGAGAAGAUAUCAUCAAGCAAAUCCACGACCUCGACCUCGCCACAUCAAUCAAAUACAUCUUCAUCACGCACACGCCAAGCGAUAAAUAUAUCGCCGACGCAGCAGCGAUCUGCGCACCCUCUGGUAAAGUUUGUAGUAUCGUCCAGACCAAAGAGAUCCCGAUGUACGGGACCGAAUGGAUGGCGAAGAGUCUGACGUUCGUGUGGGCACUGAUAGGCACGAAGCCGUAUUAUCGUGUGCAGCUGGAGUCGCACGGCUUGAUCUUGAAGGAUCUGGCUAAGUUGCUCGACGAUGGGAUCGUGAAGUGCCAUCUUCAGCAGACUAUGCCUUUGACCUUGGAAGGGGUGAGGAAGGCUCAUGAGCAGGUUGAAGCGGGAGGUGUUAUGGGAAAGCUUGCGCUGAGCGUGGAUGAGGAGGGGCUGAGUAAGGGUCGAGCUUUCAUGUAG